CAAAGGACUCUCCACCACAGAAGUGAUGUCUUAGAGACCGUAGUGCUGGUCAACCCUUCAGAAGAUUCUGUCGUAUCAGAGAUCGAGUCUCUGGUCACCGACUCUGCAGCCCAGAAGCUUCUGGUCCUGAGUGGACAGAGCUCGGAUCACGGUGGCCUUCUUCUUCAAAGCGGCGUUUUCAACCACCAGACCCUCUCACGAGUCUUCUCUGAUCCUGGGGUCAGUGAGUUGCUGGGCUCCGCAGCCCCGAAGCAGCAGGCUACUCUCACUGUGUCCUGCCGCGGGGAGGUGGGCUGGAGCUCCCUGGGACAACAUCAGACCCUGAGGGAGUUUCUGGAAUACAAACUAAACCCUGAGUCUGUUCUUCCCAAGAUGGAGGGCGUCACCGAGUUCACCGAGUAUGUCUCUCAGACGGUGGACGUCCCCUCACCUUUUGAGCUCCUGGAGCCUCCCACGUCCGGAGGCUUCCUGAAACUCUCCAAACCGUGUUGCUACAUCUUUCCCGGCGGGCGAGGAGACUCGGCUCUCUUUGCCGUGAAUGGCUUCAACAUCUUAGUGGAUGGAGGCUCUGAACGAAAGUCAUGCUUCUGGAAGCUGGUCCGUCACUUGGACCGCAUUGACUCGGUUCUGCUCACACACAUCGGCGCCGACAAUCUCCCAGGUAUCAAUGGGCUGCUUCAGAGGAAGAUAGCAGAACAAGAGGAGGAGCAUUCUCAAGGCUCCGUCAACUACAACGACUGGAUGAAGAACCUGAUCUCUCCUGAACUGGGUGUGGUUUUCUUCAACGUGCCCGAGAAGCUCCGUAUGCCUGAAUCUAAUCUUAAAGUGAAGCGCAGCAUCGAAGAAGCCUCCCUGACUUUGCAGUACCUGAGUAAACUAGGAAUCAAACCGGAACCUCUCUUCCGAGUGUCCAGCAACACCAUAGAGCCCAUUACUCUGUUCCACAAGAUGGGAGUGGGCAAGUUGGACAUGUAUGUUCUCAACCCUGUCAAAGAUAGUAAAGAGAUGCAGUUUUUAAUGCAGAAGUGGGCUGGAAACAGCAAGGCCAAAACUGGUAUUAUUCUGCCCAACGGGAAAGAAGGAGAAAUAUCUGUGCCCUACCUGACAUCAGUUACAGCGUUGGUUGUCUGGCUGCCUGCCAACCCUACAGAAAAGAUCAUCAGAGUGCUGUUCCCUGGGAACGCACCACAGAACAAGAUCCUGGAAGGCCUAGAAAAAUUGAAACACCUUGACUUCUUGCGCUAUCCUGUCGCCACACAAAAGGACAUUGCCUCCGGAGCUCCUGCCUCUGUUAUCAAACAAACCAAAUUAAAACAAAGAACAGACAGCAAAGAGAGUCUCAAGUCGUCCCCGAAGACUACUGCAAAAGCCUCAAAGAAAGAAACCGAAGGACAAGACGAUGUCUCAGCCGCCACCGAGGCAAAGAGUGACUCUGUCAAGGAAAAUAUAGAAGAAGAGAAAAAGCCGACUAAAAUCAUCAAAUCCAAAAGUGAUGUCCCGGAAAAGAAAAAGCUCCUGAAAGAAAAAUCGAUAAAAAAGCACCCGAAGGAAAGGGUGUCGAAGAUGGAUGAGAAAAAGGACAAGGAAAAGAAAGAGAUCAAGAAAGUAAAGAGAGAUGACUCGAAAGAUGUUAAGUCCAAAGACGACAAGAAGAAGGACUCGUCCAAACCGGAGCUGAGGAAAAUGACCAAACCUGAGCUGAAAACGUUUACACCGGAGGUCAGGAAGACGUUACACAAAGCUAAAACCACAAGUAAAGCUAAGAGUGGAAAAAGCAAGGUAGCCAAGGCGUUACCUGCUGAGCCGAAGCCAGAAGAGCCUGAGACGAUCCAACCUGAGCCCACAGAGAACGGAGCUGCUGAGCUCACGUCCGUCACCACGAGCCCUGAAGACCUCACCAAGGACUUUGAAGAUCUGAAGAAGUCCGUUGCGACCGAACCUGCCGAGCCUAAGUCUCCAGAAAAGGAUGAUUCGGCCCCAGAAGCGAAAGCAGAAGACAAAGACAAAGAGUUGAGAGAAAUGGAAGACGCUCAAAAGUUUGAGGACGAAGGAGCAGCCUCUCAGGAUGAAGAAGAGGAGGAGGAAGACGAGUCCCCAGCUGCUAAAAAGACAACGGACGAGGAGGAAGAAGAAGAUAUGGGAAUUGGUGAAGAGGAGGACGAAGCAAAAUGGAAGGACGCAAAGGACGACGGGCUUGACAGGAAACACGAGUUAGAAGAAAUGGAGAAAACAGGAAAGCUGGCAGCUCAGGUUGCGACAAAAUAUAUUCCCUUCGAAGAGGAAGACGAGGAAGAGGUGCUGGAGAAAGCCGAACUGGAGGAGGUAGAAGAUUUAGACGUUAUAGCAGAUGAAGAGAUCAAACCUGAAGAUGCAGCUGAAGAAGAGGAAGAGGAGGAGGGCUACCUGUCACAUGUUGGAGGCGCCACAGCUCCCAUCACUUCCGUACUUCAAGGAGCCACUGCAGCUGAACCCGUCUCCUACAUCCAGGACGAGACCAUCCCCGGAUACUCCGAGACGGAACAGACCAUCUCUGACGAGGAGAUUCACGAGGAGGCCGAGGAGAGGAUACCACACCUUCAAUACGACGUCGGUGCCUACGACAUCUCUGUUCCAGAUCAAACCGGAUCCUUUGUGAACAUUCCCGGCAUGACGGAGAUUCAAGCUGCAGCUCUGACGGAGAAGACGUUCCUCCCGGGCGUGCAGGAGCAGCUAUCGGUGUUCACCAGCAUCAUCACGGCUCCUCUGGCCGAAGAGGAGCACGUGUCUUCUGCGACGUCCAUCACCGAGUACGACAAAGUGUGCUCCUUUCCGACUUCUAUCGCCGAGGAUCAUUCCGGGGGUUCUGUCGCAACUCCUCGAGCCGAGGAGCCGCCUAAAAGCCCCCUCGCCUCCACGCCUGACGCCAGCCAAGGCAAAGAGCAGCCACUCUCUGCAGGAACUAUUUCUCCACCUUCUCUAGAAGAAGACAAACUAAUCAAGUCUCCAUCUGAUGACUUGCACCUUCCGGUUGCAGAAGUCAAGACAUCGACUAAAGCUCCUGAAGCUCGCUCUGAAGAGGAGGAGGAGGAAGAGGAGGAGGAGGAAGAGGAUGAAGACCAAACUCCUAAUGUUGACAUGUCACUUGAGAAGCUCCAAGAGGGAUAUGCUUCAUCCCAAUUCCUACAAGGUAAAGAGACUGAUAUCACUUCUAUCAAGGAAACCAAACCGACUGAUAUCACUUCUAUCAAGGAAACCAAACCGACUGAUAUCACUUCUAUCAAGGAAACAAAACCGACUGAUAUCACUUCUAUCAAGGAAACCAAACCGACUGAUAUCACUUCUAUCAAGGAAACCAAACCGAUCCACCUUCCGAUUGAAGAAGAGAACUUGGAUGCCGUUGCGCCUAAAGAUCAUUCCUCCGUUGUGCCUACUAGACCUUUCGGGUCGGACUCAGUGACUUCAGAGAGCGAAGAGCGCUGCUUCAGUCCAGAUGAUAUCACUGUGAAAAUGGCCUCUCCUCCUCACUCUGGACCACCGAGUGCAGCUCACUCUCCUCUUCGUCAGUCCCCAGUGGAGGACAAGACGAAGGCGAGCCCUGAUUCGGAGCAGCAGAAGCAAGAGGAGGUCCUCCAUGUCGUCACAACAAAUGAAACUACGAAGAAGGAUGAAGCAGAGACACAAAAGGACACACAGAAACCAGGUCAACUCGAAGGGGACGUUCCCACAUCUUUGGAGAAAGACAUAAAGGAGGUUCCAGUGAUGAAGGAGUUAGAGAAGGACUCUUCAUCAGUGCAAAAAGACGAAGGCAAAGACACAGAAACAAUCCCUGCUGUUGCGUCUUCAACAGAUGUUCAGUCGCCCGUGUUAGGAAGGGAUUCCCUCAUCUCCUCUGGACACAUCCAUGAAGAGGUUGACUCUACUCUCAGAGAGAAAGUGCCAAGUACCUUUCCAGAGAGGGAGAGCACUUUCCUCGAUGAUGAUGAUGAUGACGAUGAUGAUGACGACCAUCAUGAUGAUAAAUCUGCAGUUAAGGUGGAACAGGAAAAAGAAAUGGACGACACUUCUGAUAUCAUACAAUUGAAGGAUGAGCAAAAACGGAAAUCUGUUACCCAGGAAGAUGUUUCUGCCGUCAUGUUCUUCACGGAUGAGAAAGAGGUUGUCAAGGGGAUCGCCUCAGAUAUUAAACCCAUGAAGGAAGAGCAAAUUGCAAAGGACCUUUCCGCAGUGGAUGGCGCUAUUAAAGAUGAACAGAAAGAGCCUGGAAAAGAUCAAACUGACAUCAAAACUACUGAAGAAGCAGAGGUGGAAACUGCUCAGGUCACACAAAUCAAAGGUGAGCAGAAAGAUGAUGACCUCAAAACCAAAGCUGUGGAAACUGAGGUUAAAAAGGACGAUGUGUCUAAGAGUGAGAUUCUGAAAGACGAGGAAAAGAAAGAGACGGACAAGGGAGAUGUUUCUGAUAUUAGGAUUGUAAAGGCCGAAGCGAAAGAGAUUGAAAUGGUCGAAACCACAGAUAUCAAACCUGUUAAAGACGAGAUGGAAAAAGAGUUAAAGAAGGACGCCAUGCCCAUCAUUGAGCAAGCUAAAGAUGAGGAAAAGGAGGCGGAAACAUCUGAUAUAAAAGUGAUUGAGGAUAAGAAAGAGAUGGGAAAGAUAGAAAUAUCUGAUACUAAGUCUUUUACUGGGGAGGAGAAAGAGAAAGAGAUGGGUGACAUUACUGGGGCUCAACUCACCAAAGAAGAAGAACUGAUUAGUAAGACUGAUACGUCUGCUGUUAUCAUGAAAGAAGAAUAUGAGCAAGACAUUUGUAAAGAUGCUAUCUCGCCCACCAGCCCCACCACAGUGCAGGAAAGGGAUUCAGCUCUGAGGAAAGAGGACAUGUCUGCUCCCAAGCCAACUGCAGAACAAGAGAGAGAGACGGGUAAAGAGGAUAUCUAUGAAACACAGGAGCACGAAGAAGAUAUGACAACAAGCAAGGAGGAUGCUAGCACCUUCGAACCUACUGUAGAAGAAGAGAAGAAGAAGAAGGAAGACGGGACUAAAGAAGAUACUGCUGCGACUAAACUUACCAAGACAGAAGCUGGAGAGAAACUGACCAGUAGGGAAGAUAGUCCCUCAAACGAGACACUUAAGGAUGGCGUAAAACCAGUCAUGGAGGACAAAAAGGACCAAGAAACACACAAAGACCACACUUCCAAGAUGGAUGAACAGGAUGUCAUGAUGAGCAAAGACAUCGUCAAAACAUCAACGGAAGACUUUGUUGCUAAACCAACAACACACGAUGAUAAGGAGAAAGAAAUCAGUAAAGAUAUCUGUGCUGUCAAAUCAAGUAUGGAAGAGGACAAAGAGAAAGCAGUAGACAAGGAGGAACCUACAGUGACAAGUAAGGAUGGCAUUUCUGGUACGAAGGAUGAAGAAAGCAAAGAUGGUUUGAAAAGCCCUGCGGAUGAGGGCAAGGCUGAGGCAAAAGACGUAGAAGUCAUCAAGGCUGAGGCAAAAGAUGUAGAAGUCAUCAAGGAAAAAGCAAAAGACGUAGUCCUCAAGGAAGAAGCAAAAGAUGUAGAAGUCAUCAAGGAAGAAGCAAAAGAUGUAGAAGUCCUCAAGGAAGAAGCAAAAUACGUAGAAGUCAUCAAGGCUGAGUCAAAAGACGUAGAAGUCCUCAAGGAAGAAGCAAAAGAUGUAGAAGUCAUCAAGGAAGAAGCAAAAGAUGUAGAAGUCCUCAAGGAAGAAGCAAAAGAUGUAGAAGUCCUCAAGGAAGAAGCAAAAGAUGUAGAAGUCAUCAAGGAAGAAGCAAAAGAUGUAGAAGUCAUCAAGGAAGAGAUAAAAGAUGUAGAAGUCAUCAAGGAAGAAGCAAAAGAUUUAGAAGUCCUCAAGGAAGAGGUAAAAGAUCUAAAAGUCAUCAAGGAAGAGGUCAAAGAUGUAGAAGUCAUCAAGGAAGAAGCAAAAGAUGUAAAAGUCAUCAAGGAAGAAGCAAAAGAUGUACCCAAGGAUGACAUAUUCGAACAAGACAUGAAAGAAAAGAGUUCUGAGCUUGCAUCUAAGGAGCAGAACAUUGGUACUUCAGCCAAAAGUGAAGACGUAAAGGAUAAGGACACUGAACAAGAUGACAAAGAGAAAGCAACAGACUCCAGUGUUGCACAACCUAAGGACGUGGUAAUCAAACUGGAGACCGAGAAGUCUCCAUUAUGUAGUGCCAAGGAUGAGAAAGAACAAAAGGAGGAUUAUUCUUUUGAGCCUGAAUGUAAGAAGGAUGAGAAAAAAGAGGUAGACCUUCCCGUGUCUUGGAUCUUGGAAGGGGAUAAAACCAAAAAGGAUGAUAUCAGCGACGUAAGUGAUAAGCCACAAGACAUCUCUGAGAAGUCUGGUGAAGCUCAGACAGAGAAGGGAACUUUCGGAGCUACGUCAAUGCAGCAAGAUACUUCUAUAACUGCAUCAAGUAAAGACCUGUCUCCAAGCCAGAGUCAGGAAGAGAGAGACCAAGAUACAAAGGUUGUUAUCAGUCACGAAGAGAAGACAGAGAAAGAAAAGGACGACACACAUGUUGCUGAACUGAGCAAAGAACAGAAAAUGGAAAAAGAACAGGAAAAGGAAUACACAUAUGAGACUGAUGACACCAAAGAGGAAAAGAUGAGUGAAGAAAAGGACUUAGGUGACAGGAAGACGGACGAGAUCACUGAGAAAGACUCUGAUGCCGAACACACUAAGGAGGAGAAGUGGGAGAAAGAGGAGUUACAAGAGAAAGACCUGGAGAAAACCAUUGAACAACCUGCAGAGACAACAUUAGGAGAAGCGUCCAAGUCAGAUUGCAAACCUGCAUUUGCGGUUCAGUCCUCCGAUGAAGACAGCGAAGAUGUAGACGAGGAGGACAUUUGUAUGGGAGGAGCCGGCUCCAGACCUCUGUCGGUAGAUCUGAAGAAACCAGAACAUGACAUCCCCUCGGUAGGUCUUCCCUCGCCCCAAAAACCACACACAAGUGACCCGACUAAACCACCGAUAUCCGUCACAGUGAUCAUACCAACUCUUACAAUGCAGGAGCCUUCUCUUGAUGAGUUUGAAAAAGAAGAAUACAGUUUUUCCCCUGAAGCCGGGAAAGGCGUUGUGAAAACACAAACCACGGUUGCACCAUUUGCAAAGCCCUCUUUUGACACUGUCACAUCAAAGGAGGACACAACCACUGUUCCCAAACAAGACACAGCUUCUGAUGUCCCCGCGUCUAAAGCAGAACCAAUGUCAGAUGAGAAAAAGCCUGCGUUGUCCACGGUAUCGAGCACCGACAGUCAACCGCGGAGCUCAACGCUCUCCGGCGCUGAGAGCCAGUCCAGUGUGGAGGAAACACCUCGAAAAGAGAAACAAACACCAUCCCUGUUUACUUCAGAAGGCAACGCCGCAGAGAAGACAGCACUAGAAGAGAAAGCAGGAAAGGAAGCAGAGAGGGAGAUGGAAGGAGAGCGAGAGGUGGCUUCUCCUGGAUUAGCACCGCCUUGUUCCUACUUCACGUUGGACUCUGAAGACAGGAGCCCCUCUGACGCCGCACCACUGACUCCAGAGACUGUCAUGGGUAGCCUCGGAGAAGAAAAGCCAACCUUUGGUGCGUCCAAAUAUGAUCCGUAUGAAAAGCCCAUUCCAAAGGAUCAUGACUCGGACUCUAGGGAAGAAAGUGAGGUUUCUUUAGGUUUCGAACACCCCUCUGAUAUUGGUAUUGAUGAUAACAGAAGAACAAGCCAGACAGAGGCUGGAGGAGCCAUGUUCCUCCUGGACGAUCAGUACAAAGAAGAGCCUCUGUCCUUCAGUAGAGUCGACUACAGCCCGGUGUCUCUGACGGAAAGUGAAAGAAGCAGCCACCACAGUCCAAGUGCCUCACCUAGAUAUGAAGACAGAGAGAAAGGCCAGGAGGAAGAAAGCCAGAAAGAAGAGAGACCAGAUACACCUUAUGUUGACAGGAGCUUUUCAUCCGUAGACAUGCAGGAUAACAAAAUGUCCCAGGCUGCUGAGUCUUAUUCGUUCACUCCUAAAGAGGACAAACCGGAGAAAUCUGAAAAAGAAAAGGAAGAUAUGAUGGAAGGGGCUUCAGCUGCGGCUUUUCCAACAGGGGGGACACAAGAAAGUGAUAGCAGUUCAUCUGCUCAAUCACCAAGUGUGCCACUAAGACAGGAGACACCCUCUCCCUCAUGGAGCCAGUCAGAUCUCGGUACUCAAGUUUCAGCGACUCCUGUAGCUUUUGAGGAAUUUACAGAAAAGAAAACAACCGAAAAAGAGAAAGAAAAAUCUGCUGAGUCGCUCAAAGAAAAAUCUGCAUCUGGUCGGCAUUCACCUGCAGAAAAAGACAUUUUACCUCAACAAGCAACACCUUUACAGAAAGAAGAAACCUCAAGGCCUGUGUCUGCCGCCACCUUUUCAGGACAGGAAGUAGAUGAUAAUGUUUUGGCAUCUGACAACAGUCAAAUGAGCAGCUCUGCCUCCUGUAACCCAACUUUAGACUUUCCUGAUGGAAAAGAGAGCUUUAUAGAUAAAAGAUUACUUGUAGAAGGCGAAGAUUUCAAUGUGGAUGAUGAUGAAGACGAAGAUGAUGACGAAGAUGAGGAUGAAGACGAGGAGUUAAGCGAUGUAGAUAUGGAGAAGGGCGCAAGGGAACAGUCCGAAAAAGAAAUGUGCAGACGUACCUCUGGUGACAGUGCUGUGUUAGCAGAGGUGGAGGACUCAAAUAAAAAGUUGUCUGAAUCAAGCGUCCUUAAAGAGGAAACAGUCUCUCAACCAAGCACUGGUGAAGCCUCAUGUUCAGACCAGCAGGAGGGAAGCAGAAAACCACAAUCGCCUGAAACAAAACCACUCAAAGAAGACGACGCAGCCACAUCAAAAGUCCCCGAGACAAAGAGUGACGAUGUUGGUCAAAUGACUUCAUCACCAGACCCUUACAAAAUGGACGAAAUCCAUUUCACUUCAUCAGAUCUCCCCAAACUUCCUGAGACUAAGAAAGAGCAUUUGUCUCCUGAACCAACCUCAAACAGGAGGUUAUCAUCGGCUCAGGAUACCUCCUAUGAAGCCCUACUGACAACAAAGGGAGAUGAGGACAAAGAGUCUCUAUCACCAAGCUUUUUGAAAAAGGAUACUGACCCAAUGCCCGCCAGCACCUUAACAUCCAGCUUUUUACCACCUGACCAUUCAGAGUCUGUACCUUCAUCCAGUCCCUCCCUUCCUCUAAGAGGAAGCUAUGCCGACAUCGGACAGAGUAGACCUGGAGAUUAUUCUGAGCAUUUUUACAGUGAGGGAAGUCAGGCGGGAUUGAAAGAAGAUAAGAAAGAAACCUCAGAGGCCUCCCAGCUAUCCAAGCUAAGCGAUGAUAAACAUUACAGCCAAGAAGAAAGUCUAGACGAGAGGCGGAGCUUAGAGAUCACCGCAAAACACAAGGAAACUGCCUCUUCACCUUGCACAUACACCACCCUAACAUACUCUACUUCAACAUUCUCCUCCACAUCGUACAGUUACUCAUCCUCAGCCUCAAUGUCCGGCCCUUUGAGCCAAGAGUCUGGAGACAAAGCUAAAACCAUAUCAGGCUCUACUGUACCUCUAGCCGAAGAGGAACCAUCGUUCAGGGCUGAGUCUUCGAGCUCUUGCUUUGGAGGGUUUCAGAGAGAUGAGUACAUGGAGGUGACGACUAAACCUACAACUAAAGUGUCUUUACCCAGACAGUUUGAUGAUACCAAACCAUCAUCAUCAGUCCUCUCUACCACUGCCAAACAGACUAUGGAUCAACGUGGUUCUGCAAAGCCUGAAACGGACACAAAGUCGAGCACUGAUAGUUUUUACAUGCUAGAAACUAGGAUGACCACAUCCUCCGCGGCACCUUCUUUACAAAGCCAAGUCAAGGUGUCCGAGGGUUUGUCCUCAUCAGAGGCUUGCUUUGAUGUCUCUCCCCUCCAAAGGGCUGACUCAUCUGACAAGGUAUACCAAGAAUCAUCAGAAGAAGAAGAGCCUGUAACGCUUGAAAUGGAGGACAGCGCCCCACCAUGUUUUAUGUGUCAAACUGUCAAAGUAGCACAGCAGGAGCCGAGUUUUCCCUCGAUAACUGACUCACAUGUGGUUGAAAGUACCACUCAGUCCACAGAGACCAAGGCAGUCACCAUCACCUCUGCGUAUGUGUCUAAACCUGAAACAUCGCAACAGACAGCCUCACUUCCUUCACUGAGUGAUAGUGGAGCCAGCAAAACCACAUGUGCCACAACAGAGGCGUCCAAAACAAUGGAGGUCAAAGAGGAAAAGACCAAUGCAGCUUUGAAGGACGACGCUAAGGUGUCAGGAAGUGUUGAAAAGGCAGAGACGGCUAAAGACAGUGAAAGCAUAAUGUGUAAAGACAGCUCAGAGGGGAAGAAGGCAACAACUGAUACACAGAUGUGUGAAAAAGCAGGAGAUUGGAAGGAAGACGAGGAGAAAAGCUUGUCGGAAAAGACACCAGAGAGACUAGUGGAAAGGAGAAGGAGCAGUAUAUCUGAUUGGGAGCUACUACAAAGGCCUGAAGACUGCCCAAGUGCCCCUCCUCCGGGUUACGGGGAUGACGAUGAGGACGAAGAGGAUGAGGAAGCAAUGGAAUGGAGGACCAGUGCCCACGGUACCUCUAUGUCCUCCUCAAAAGAUGCCUAUCACACAGAAGCAUCCGGCAAAGGAGCAGCAAGGGCGGAUCGUCCUUCUGACUUGAACACCGGAGCCACCUCCUCUUCCUCCCAUCCAGGCUACUCGUCCUGCGAAUACAAACACCGCAAAGGAGACCUUUCUCCAUCGUUCAUGAACCCCAGCCCUCACCCGCCGUCCAGUGACGAGGGCGAGGGCGAGGAGGAAGGACGCAGUGAACACUCUGAGGAAGGGGACGAGGACGAUCAGGAGCAACACUCUGUAAAAAGGAGGUCGCACAAGCAGAAGCCCCACCACGCCCAGAGUGCUCAUGGGGACUCUGGACAGGCGCCUCAGCAGCUGCCCGGCCCCAUGUCUUCUGGUUUGGCAGUGACUCUAGCUGGGGAGGAAACUCCUCCGACGUCAGUGAGCGAGUCGUUGCCUUCGCAGUCGGAUUCUGACGUCCCUCCAGGAACCGAAGAGUGUCCGUCCAUCACGGCCGAAGGGAAUCUGGACUCGGACGAGGACGCUGAACAUCUUCCCGUGGACAAGUUAUCUGCAGCUGGCGGUGGACACCAUCCUUCAUCACCCAGGUCAUCGCAGAAGACUCAUGAUCCGGCUCCAACCGCGAUGAAGGACCCUUAUCCCCACCCUCCGCACCCAGAUGUGUGCAUGGUGGAUCCAGAAGCUCUUCUCAACAGCAGCACUGAGAAACUUCUUAAGAAGGAGCACAAAACCACCAAGGGCCUCAGGAGGAGCAAACCCAAAUCGGCCUCCCCUUCCCGUAAGGGCGAAGUCAGGAAGAGGUCCUCUACUCCAUCGAAGCAGGCCUCCAAGGACUCCUCCUCACCUCGAUCAGCGUCCCUGAAGAGGAAGGACACGGACAGAAGCUCCAGGCUGAUCAAGAUGUCCGAGACUCAAGGCUCCAGGACUGAGAUCCUCAGCCCGGGGAAAGGCUUGGUCAACGGCGUCAAGAGCAGUUCAGGUUGGUUAACAUCUUCACGACUACACAAACAUAGACUGCCAAGGCACACNGUCCUGGACGCCCUGCUGGAGGGCAAGGCUCAGUGGGGCUCCAAUUCACAGGUGACUCUGAUCCCGACCCACGACUCGGAGGUGACCCGGGAAUGGUACCAGCAGACCCACGAGAAGCAGCAGGACCUGAACAUCAUGGUCCUGGCCUCCAGCAGCACCGUGGUCAUGCAGGACGAGUCCUUCUCUGCCUGCAAGAUCGAGUUCUGAGCUUCACGAGCUUCACACUCCCCCCGCUGUGACCCCCCCUCCCAUCUCUCCCCUCCCUCUCAUCUGUUCUCACUCAAAGCGGAGCGACCAGCACUCUCUGCUGCUUCAAAGCUUCAAAGCUCUCAAUGAAUUUUCCGCAGCGCUCAACACACUAGAUUCUGUUCGCUGAAAUCAAAGUCAAAAUUGUGGGUUUAUGCUUUCAUGUGUCAGUUAGGUUUUUUCAUCUGUAACCGUAAGCCCUAAAACACUCGUACUCGAGCACUAGGUGAAAACACAUUUUUAAUAACAUAAUGACGCUUUAUUAGACUCGUAUAUCAGAUGCAUUGAUACGUGUUUACAGCCACAGUUACACGACAGAAGUGUAGUUCUUAAACUGUUGGCUUAUUCCCAAUAAACUCAGAAAUCUAAUCAUCUAACAUUAAAAAAAAGUAAAUCAAAUGUUACCUGAAUCAGUGAUCAAAAAAGUGUUUGGAUUGUAUUCAGUGUUUUUCAAAGAGGAAACAUUCCUCGGUUUUCUUUUCAAAGCACAUGAUUUGCAAUUCUGAUCAGUAGCUGCUGGAUUUACUCAAUACAUACGACAUAAAUCGAUGUAAUGUAAAAGACAAAAAAACAACACUUCUUGUAGUUUGUGGUGAAGUUUUAGGAGGUGCCUGAGGUUGCCACUGUUUGAGAUUUUACUUCUCGGCUUUCUCUCUUAAGCUGCUGCAUGGUGCUUGCGUUUUUUAGCUGAAAAUCGUUCAGAACUGCGUAGGGUUAACCCUUUCUUUAGCCAAGUGGUGGAUGCAGUUUAGAGUAGAUACGCUGUUUGGCUGUGAUUCAAUAGGCAGAAGGACGAUGUCUUCAUCAUGCUCUGUGUGUGUGUUGUAUGACCUCCAGUACAAACAUGUGUCUAUAUCAAUACAGAGGUUAUGUUCAAUAAUUAGGAAUAAUGCAGAAAAUGAUGAAGCGAAUGCAAUGUUUCUGAUUAUGCAUUUGAGAAGAAGGUUCAUGUAGAAUGAUCUGUCAUUUCCUCGUGUUCAGCAACAUGUCUCUGUCAGUAUCACAAAGUGACGAGAAAGGAAAAUAAUGUACAUGUGACUAAUGUAGCAACCGAAGCGAGAGUUAGAAGUGGGAACGCUAAUAUAUAUUUAUCACUGGGGUUGUAUUUCAUGACAACAAGUGGGUGUUACAGGAGGCGUUUUUCAUGUGCCUUUAGUUUGAGGUUUUAAAGAGGAAGGGGUAAUUGGAGGACAAGUCAGCCAUUGUGAGGCGGAGCGAGAAACCAGGGGAAAAGAAAGAAACCAAGAACACAACAAAGGACCAGUCCGUUUAUACCAGUACGCACAAACCGUAUCCACACUCUGAAAUAAUACACUCAAUAACUAAAGAGCUCUUUAAUCAAAUUCAGCAUUAAAGCCACUUUUAAACAAAUAUGAAUGUCUUCGAGCGAAGUCUUGCACCUGAUAGGAAUGUCAUUUUCUGAGAGUUAGGGUUGGGAGGAAGUAGUUUGAGCACAGAGAGCGAGUGUGGUGAUAGAAAACAACUUUUACCUGUAAUAUAAAAUUAUGUAAAAACAGUCUAUCUUAUAUAUAAAGAAGCAAUUAUUCCCAAUAUUAUUCCCAGAGAAAUAUUUAUUACAGAACGAGCAUGAAUGAUUAUGUGCUGGACGCUGAUUUAAAGUGAAUGUCUUUGCAAUAGUUGUGUAUGUGUGUGUGUGUGAUAUAUGACACACUCGAUACACACUGUUUUCUGACGCUGAUGUUUUAGUGAGUCCUCUGAACUGGUUCAGCAUGAAAGGUCUUUCUGCGUCUUCACAGCCGUAUUAGAGAGUCGCUCACAUUGAUUUUAAACGAGGCCACGUUUUAUUUCUUUAUUUAUAUCAAGAUUUAACAAAAUAAUUUACUUUUUUAAAAAUAAUUUUGUUUUGAUUUGUAUUCUUUUACUAAUAUUUAUUAUAUUUGAUUUCUAAGAAAUACAUUUCUGCCGACAUGGCUCAUCACAGGCUUGUUGUUUUGUGUGUUAAGGACUGAUAAGAGGCCAGUGUGUGCGAUGGAGGAAAGGAGGCUUGGAUUUACAGAAAGCACUUUGUUUGAGCGAUUGAUCGAUCCAGAUGUUGCCAACUAAAAGCAGAAAGGAUCCUCUGCUUGUAUAGUUUAACUAAACUUAACAAUUUCUCUCAAUCUAUUUCAAAAACAGCUAGAGCGUGUUGUCAGAGUUUGUGCCAUUUUCUUUCCCUGUGUAACGCUCACACUUCUUUAUACCUCAUCUUCCCAAGCCUCCGUGCUCUCUGCUCUGCCUGGCCUCCCCUAACAUUACACUGUCCAUUAUGCACUUUCUGAGCCUCGAUAUGCAUCUCAUGCUUGUGAUGAAUCCGAGGCAGACUUCUUAUUUUAUCCCACUGGGGAGGUUGUAUAUUAAACAGCUGGAGAACGCACAAGUACACUGGAGGGCACACUUAGAGGAGAGGAAAGGUUUACAUUGACUCUGUUAGAAAGUCCUUGUCUGGAAGUCAGAUUUUGUGGAGGGUCGGAUAUGUAGUGUCUUUAAAAAAUGGUCUUUAAGUUGGCAGAUUCCAAAUACCCAGUCUUGAAGUUUUCAAGGCACCAGUAGAACGCUGUGAAUCGCUCGAUACUGAACUGUGUGACCACAUGCAGAAGCUGAAUGCACUAUAGAGGAGAUCUAUUUUUCUGAAUGUUGAGUUGGUACUACCAUGCGAAUGCUGCUGGAUCAAAACAAUAGAGAAAAUAAAUAAAAAUAAAAACAAAACACACCAGCCUUGACAGAAAAUACAUUGUGUGGAGCGGAGGAUGAGAGCAGAAACGGUUUGAUGUUUUGACGACGCUGUCAUGACGACUGUUCUGCGUCAUUCUGAUGGGACGGAGAGCAAGGGAGAUCCCGUAACAAACACAUCAACACUAACACAGAAAUAGUACUAAAUGCAACGUAAACUUUUUCCUGAAAAUGACUUGAAACACAUGCAGACUCAAAAAACAAAACAUGGAUGAAAUGAAACAAACGCCACAUGUACGUGUAUGUACUGUGAACAGAUUGUACAUAUCGCUCUGGAGAGAACGGACCUGAAAGAUAUAUAACACACUGUCCUGUUAACCGGUUUUAAUGACAAUACUCUCAAAACUACUUCAAGAUAAAACACUGACAAGAUACAGAACGAAAUACAAAUCUAUCAGUUCAAUCUCAUCGCCAUCGCUGCAUCGAAAUGAAGAUUUCAUUUGAUCUCAACAUGGUGUCAUCCAUCCAUUUAAUCUCUGCAUGUGAUUUAUUUAGUUAUAAUCCUGAAUGUAAUUGUUUAACAUGGAAAUAAUAAUAACAAAUACAAUGCUAUUUUAAAGAGGUAUAUUUGAAAAAAGAACAAAAAAAGCGUAUUGUCUUAACUGGUCCUGAAAUACAGUAAUAUAAUAAUAUAAUACUGGGCUGUGCUUUUAUUGUUUGCCCUGUUAACAUGUUGUUAAGAAACGCUGUAUUGGUAGUUCUGUUUGAUUCUCUCUUUUCUUUUUGCAUUGUAUUAAUCUUAGUUACGUUUCUCUUCCUCAGCGCAAUAUUGAAUAUCUCUCUGUCUUUAAAUCUAACUUGUAAAAGUAGAACUACUUCAGAUUCAUUGUAAAAGGGAAACAGCCUGGUGAUCAUCUAUUAAAGUACAUUUAAAUCUCAA